AUGAUAAAAAUCGAGUUUUAUUGGAUGUUGAUGACGAAGGUUCCGACUAUAUUAAUGCGUCUUUUAUUGACGGUUAUAAAAUAAAGAAAGAAUACAUCGCUUCACAGGGUCCCAAACCUGAAACCACUAUAGAUUUUUGGCGUAUGAUUUUGCAGUAUAAUGUUCGUGUAAUUGUAAUGUUAACUCAAUUUCAAGAAGGAGCAAAUAUCAAAUGCCACGAAUAUUUUCCUUAUGCUUCAAAUGGAAUUUCGGUUAUUAUCAGGAAGAAAACAUGCUUUGAAUAUUAUGACCGAUCCGAGAUGUUAAUUACUCAGGAAAAGUAUGGAUUAAAACGCAAAAUUGAUCAUUUCUUUUUCAAAAAAUGGCCAGAUCAUGGAUGUCCCAAGGAUCCUGCGCACUUGAUAAAUUUUAUUCGUAAAAUAAGAAGUUAUCGACUGUCUAGUUAUUCGCCAACUGUUAUUCAUUGUAGUGCAGGAGUCGGACGAACUGGUACAUUUAUCGCUUUGGAUAUAAUAAUGCAAAGGUUGAAGCACGAGUUUAAAAUGAAUAUUUAUGAAACUGUUAAGAAGCUACGAUUUCAAAGAAUGAAAAUGGUUCAAACUAUAGAGCAAUACACUUUUUUGUACGAAUCUGCGUAUGAACUUGUCCGUCGUAAUAUUAAAAAACAAAUAUUUGAUGAAAACAAACUAAUUUUUCCACAUAGAGGUGUUAUAAUGGCAACUAUGUAUAAUUCUGAAGAGCGAAAUAACGAAAAUGUCUAAUUUGUAAUAGCAACUUAUAAUA